CAGUAGUGGCCACUAAGCGUCAACAGAGUCGCGUGUCUACUGUGCGGUGUCAAGAGACUCAAUCGAAAUUUUGUCAAGCUCUAUCCCGAUCAAUUUUGAUUAUUUCCCUCAACCUAUACAUUCUGUAGAAAAUAUAGUUUCUCGUUGCCUUCCAACCGUCUAGUGCUGCGCACAGAAAAUGAAGGAAAACGCGCCAAGAAAUGAGAGGAACGGGUGACUAGUAUCUCGCUGUGCACAAAAUAACGAAACAGCGAACGACUGGCACUGUUGGACAUGUUGAUAAGGAAGAAGAAAUCGUGUCCGAGAUAUCCGAGGAAAAUGACUCGAAUUAUUGGACAAUAAUGUUCAGACUUUGGUAAUAUGCAAGUGAUAACAUUUCUAGAAUGAUAAAUAAGGGACCCAUUUAUUUGUGGACUACAAUCCUGGCUGAUUCUUGUGCUAAUACCUGUUGGAAGCUGCAUCCAUUUUUAUUGCGAAAAAGAGCGCCAAUUUUGAUCAGCUGGAUCGAUUGUAUUAAAUACGAGAAGUUAGAUAUAUGUGAGAAAUAAAAUUGUGGUUACUUUCACGGAAUGGCAGACGCAGUGAAAAAAUUAAUUACAAGUCAAGAAGUGCAAGAAAGGUGCAGCGAUUGGGUAGAAUCCCAAAAGGAUGUUCUGUACUUUGAGGACAAUACUGCAAAGAGGAAAUUGGAAAAUGAACGAGAUGAGUUCAUUGAAACAGAUUCAGAGUUUGAUUCUGUCUCGGAAUGUGGAGCCAAAAGACGCAGGCUAGCUAAACAGAUGAAAGCCGAAGUUUUGCUUUUACUGUGCGAGUGGAAAAAUUGUGACUUCAGUAUUAACUCCAUGGGAAUAUUUGUUAAACAUGUAGCUAAUCACGUACCCCAGUUAGAAGUUAAAAUAACAGAGGAUGAAAAGUCGGUGUACCUAUGCCAAUGGAAGGGCUGUACUUACGAGAGUGGUAUAAACGAUGACAUUAUUCGACAUGUUAAUUAUCAUGCCUAUCACACAAAACUAAAAUGUAUUGGCUCUAACAUUAGGGGAAGAGUGAAGUUACCCAAAUGCUACCGAAAUUCUAACUGGAAAAAUGUCAUUGAAAUACCAUCCGCUCACAUUUGUCAAUGGGAGGAAUGUUUAAAGACUUUCACGAAUUACCAAAUAUAUUUAUAUCAUGUCAAUGCACAUAUAGAAACUCAUCCACAGGGCAAUAAAAUUGAAGGAGGUGUAAAAUGUAAAUGGACUGGUUGUAUUGGAGUAUAUUCCAGCUUGUACAAACUUAGAGAGCAUCUAAGAUGUCAUACUAAGGAGAAAGUAGUGGCAUGUCCGGAUUGUGGAGUAAUGUUCGCUUCAAACACAAAAUUUCAUGAUCAUUGUAAAAGACAAAUUCCAGUGGAUGUUCAAGGGUUUCAGUGCUCGCACUGCAACAAAUUUUACCCAACGGAAGGUAUUCUGCGGGACCAUAUGAGACUUCAUAUAUUUAAUUACAAAUGCCUAUUCUGUGACAUGAGUUGUGAAACACCGUCAAGUCUAGCCAAACAUAUUCGGUAUCGACAUGUAACAACUAGAUCAUUUCCCUGCCAACUGUGUUCACAUGCUGCCAAAUCGCAGCAAGAUCUGGACACUCACAUGACCGUGCAUACAAGUGGUCCUAACUUUGUGUGCCAUUUCGAAGGCUGUUCUUACACCUGUAAAGGUGCUUACAUUUUAGAUAGACAUAUAGAAAGAGCUCAUUGCUUAGAAAUUCGAUGGUACUGUUGUCACGAGUGUCCCAUAAAAUAUCGAAAAAGUUACAGGCUCACGAAGCACCUCAAAGAGGCCCAUCAUUUACAGUUGCCCAAUGGGCAUAAACGAUUUCAGUAUACGCGAGAUGACGAUGGGUGUUACAGACUUCAAAUGGUCCGAUAUGAAAGCAUCGAUGAAGAUGGUAAUGCACCUCAGGACUAUCUAAAGCCUCCAGAUACGAAGUACAAAAUAGAGGUGAAUCACACGGCACAAUAUCCUGAACUUAAGGUUGUCGAAGACAAGGGAGGUACAAACUUGAAUGAAUCUGAAACUGAAGCAGGUGCUCAAUGCGACACGGCACAGUGCGAUGGAAAGUCAAUGCCUAUUAUUUCGAACAUCUUAAUAUCCAUCGAUGAAUUAGAUGCAGAUGGAAAUAUCAUUGAGAGCAAAAUUGUCGAAACUCAAGAAACAAACGAAUUACCACCAUCGGAUGAACCACCCAUCAUAUUGACAUAAAAUUUACACCAAAUAUUAUCUUAUCCAAAGUGAUCAAUCUAUUUUCUUAACAGUGUAAAUAAUAAAAAAAUUACGGUUAAGAUAAUAUUUUUUGAAUAGG